GUUUAAGGGAGUCUGUUGACCAAAGCACUUGUGCCCACCACUGAAGUAUUCCUCCCACCUGGGCCCCUGCGUCACGGUGACUGCAUUCGUUCUCCCCACGAACUAGGAUGACCAAGCCUGUCUACAGCGAGCUACCGGACGGAGGCUGGGGUUGGAUGAUCGUCCUAGCUGGCUUUUUGAAUAACUGCCUUUUGAUUGGCGUCACCCGAUCCUUUGGUGUCUUCUUUGUCCAUUUCACACAAUACUUUCAGGAGUCUUCCAGCCGGGUGUCUUGGAUCACUUCAAUGGCUUUAGCAACUCAGCAGUUUGCAAGUCCAAUAGGGAGUGCAUUUGGGAAGCGUUAUGGAGCCCGGUCAGUUGUCAUGGUUGGUGGAGUUUUAGCCUCCUUGGGGAUGCUUGCUGCCUCAUUUGGACAGAGUCUUCUGCACAUGUACCUCUCCAUCGGACUUCUGACAGGUUUUGGCUGGGCAUUGACCUUCACCCCCACAAUGGCUAUGAUCUCCAGGUACUUCAAAAAACGUAGAACCUUGGCAACUGGUUUGGCAUUUACCGGAGUAGGCAUCGCAUCUUUUUUCUUCUCUCCACUCUUUCAGUUCCUCAUUGAUGAGUACUUUUGGCGUGGGGCCCUCCGAAUUCUGUCUGCAAUCAUGUUGAACCUCUGUGUCUGUGCAGCUUUGCUCAGACCCAUCAGUCUGCAAGAAGACCGCUUUGUUGCUUCAAGCAAACUUCUUGAUAAUGGAACAGAAAGCACAGGGUGUUGGGAUAAAGUGACCUCUGCCUUUGAUUUGACCCUUUUCCUACACCGUGGCUUUAUGGUGUACACUUUUGCAUUAGCCCUGAUUACAGCAGGUUACUUUGUGCCCUACAUCUAUCUAGUGGCCCACGGAAAGAACCUUGGACUUAUGGAUUAUGAGGCUGCUUUCGUGUUAUCUGUCAGUGCCAUCUCUGACACAGUUGCUCGGCUCUUUUCGGGUUGGGUGGCUGAUCUCAAGCUUCUCCGGUCAAUCCACAUGUUAUUCCUCUGGAGCGUCCUCACUGGACUCAGCUUUCUCCUCUUGCCCGUGGGGCAUACGUACUCCAGUCUAAUGGGGCUUAGUCUCUUUAGUAGCUUCUGUGCUGGAACCACUUCCCCACUCAUCUUUUCCACUCUCCCGGAUAUCGUGGGAAUUGGUCGGAUUCUCAAUGCAACAGGGCUCUUUAUGAUGCUCAUUAGUAUUGGUGGACUACUCGGGCCUCCCCUGUCAGGGCUGCUGGAAGACCAGACUGGAAGUUACAGUACCUCCUUCAUGGUGGCAGGUGGCUUCAUCCUGGUGGGAUCACUUGUCCUCCUCCUCCUUCCGGGUUUCUUUGUCAGCACCACAAUCCUGUCCAAGCAAUGGCCUGACGAUCCUGCCAUCCAUGAGCCUGAUAUACAACACCCUGCUCCAGAAAAUGACUGUAGCUGAGCCAACAAGCAGAGCCAGGGCUGGGCAGCAGCUUGUAGAAGAGAUUCCCAGCCCCAGCACAAGAAAUUUGCUUAUUCAUUUUACAUAAUCUCUCCUGUCAUUGCUUACCCUGAAUCAGAGGAUUCAGCAGAUUCAACUUUGUUCUGCCAAAUUGACCAAGUAUGAUAGAAAGUAAGUGUGACAUUCCCUGGAAGUGGAUGAUGGAACCUAAGGUUCGAGCCAUGUCAUUAUAGUGAGCACGUGGUCAGGUUCAGGUGAAAUGGAUGGACAUUUCAGCAGGGAACACAGUGAAAUUCCAGCGUGCAAAAGAACCAUUCAUCCCAAGUUUCUCAGUCCAUGUGGGUAUCAUGCCUUCAUAGUUGAUUACUUAAUUGUAGACAUAAUAAA